AUGCCCCCAACGACGCGACAACAGUCCAUAUCUUCAAUAGUCUCUUCUAGAACGGCAAAACCUGCGUCCAUAAGCACAACUAGUGCCACUCGCAAAAGCAGCAAACCUCCCUCCACAUCUAGCAGGAAACCUACCUCCACGGCAUCGAUGAGGACUCGGCACGGUAGUGCUCAGCCUCGAAGAAAGAAAGCCGAAGCUGCUGGUGGCGAUCCAGACGCUCCGGGAGCCGAGGAGUGGGAAAGGAUGCAAGUGUUUGGGCGGUUCGUUGUCACCGACGGCCAGGGCCAAGAGCACACUUUCCGGGUGGGAGACACAGCUGCUAUACUUCCUGCGUCCACCCCGCCAGGCGUCAAGAUUGCGCCGCAUGAGUAUUGGGUCGUUAAGAUUAAGGCAAUUCGUGGGCGGUUACGAUUGUCUAAACCCGAUGGGGAGCGCCACUCUAAGCGCCGGAAACUGGAGGAGAGUUGUCCGCUGGAUGUCUGGGUGCAGAUCCAGUGGUACUACUCACCCCAGGAAGUGGCCCAUCUCGUGAAGGGAUUUCAUCCUUCCCAUUGUUCACUAUACGAGCGCAUCUACUCUAAUCACAGCGAAACUAUCUCUGCAGAAACAUUUGAGGGCCGUAUAUCUGUCCGCAAAUUUCACGAAACAAAUCCAGCGCAGCCGCCCAUCGAGCCCGACGAAUUCUUUUGUCGCUACUUCCUUGAUGUCUCCAAGGGCCAGAUCUCGCUCUACGUUCCCAAACCCAACAUAUGGAAAGCUCCGGCGCUUUCGCGGAGGCCAAGCUCGCGAAUUGGCGCCAUUCCUCUGGGAUGCAUCUGUGACGGGCCCUAUAAUUUGCAAGACGCCGACCCGCUGUGGGUGAUGCAGAUGUGUGCCCGCCCGACCUGCUCGCGGUUUUUUCAUCGCCGAUGUUUGAUGGAGAACGGGUGGUGGAUAAGAAAAGGCGAGGAGAAACAGCCGCUGGCGACUGUUUCUGAAGAUGGAGACGUGUCACCGCCGACUGGCCGAGACCAGGUUAUUCCAACGGCUCUCCUGUGCCUUGCGGCCCUCCCCCUCGUUCGCGGAGCGACCAUAACGACGGGCUUUCCGCGGGUGGGCAUCGAAGGCACGGGACAUUUCGUCAUGGCAGCUCAACAGCUCGUGAGCGAAUAUAUGGAAGGGUGUCAAUGGGAGGCGGUAUUGGGGAUCGACACUGCUGCUAUCGAGGAGCUCAGCGCGGUUGCGGACCCACUGAUCAUCCAGCAGAAAACUGGCGCGGAGGUUACGAUGAUAUGUCCUGGAUGUCGCGGGGCAAUAUGA